AUGGGCAAGGACGCUGGUUUCGCUCCCGGUGACGCCUCCAAGGGUGCCAACCUCUUCAAGACUCGCUGCGCUCAGUGCCACACCGUCGAGGCUGGUGGCGCCAACAAGGUCGGCCCUGCUCUCCACGGUCUGUUCGGCCGUUCCACCGGUUCCGUUGAGGGAUACUCCUACACCGAUGCCAACAAGAAGGCCGGUGUUACCUGGGAUGAGAACACCCUGUUCGCCUACCUCGAGAACCCCAAGAAGUACAUUCCUGGCACCAAGAUGGCCUUCGGUGGUCUGAAGAAGGCCAAGGACAGGAACGACCUGAUCACCUUCCUCAAGGAGGAGACCAGCAAAUAA